AUGCUCAACAUGUCUGGCAGUCAUAUUGCGGGAAACCGCAAUAGUACCCCGGAGGCCAACACCAACCCGUCUCUCCGCCCCCCCUCCUCGAGAGUCAUGGGCGCCAACAGCCACCUUAGAGCUUCUGCCGAUAUGGCUGCGCUCUCCAACGCAUCUCCUUCGAGCCGAAUUCGCCCGUCUUCCGACUUUUAUGGCUCUCAGCAGGGCCAAGGCCACAGUAAUCCCGAUACCGAUCCCCAAGACAAGAUCGCGCAACAGUGGAUUGCCGAUAUCGAUCAGUAUGAGACAACCUUGGAAGAAAUGGCCGCUGCCACUCUCGACCAGGACUUCAAGGACGAGUUGAGUGCCAUUGAGCAGUGGUUCAGAGUCCUCAGCGAGGCCGAGCGCACUGCUGCCUUGUACGCUUUGCUGCAGCAAACCACUCAAGUCCAGAUUCGAUUCUUUAUUCAGGUUCUACAGCAAAUGGGCAAGAACCACCCAAUGUCGGGCGUUUUGUCCCCGGCCAACUUCGACAAAGGUAAGCUCAAUUGCGACACCAUGCUGUCCCGCUUGCCGUCAACUGAUGUGUCCCUUCAAGACCCCAUGUCGAACCGCCUGAGCGAUGCUAUGAACAAGCUGAAUGUUGAUUCCUCCCGGAACUCUCUCACCCGCCCCUCAAGCACUGCGACCGGCAAGCGGCAGUCGGGACUCGAUCCUUCGACCAUCAACGCAAUGUUUCCUGACGCCGCCGCAGCCAUUGCGACCGAGAAGGCCAAGUUCACUCAGCAGACAGGCAACCCUCCCUCUUCCAAUCGAAACAGCGCUGUCGGUGAUUCUCGUCAGUCCCUGGCUGCUCCGACAAUCGCAGCCCCUGCCGACAACCACGACUCCAAUGGCCAAAACCAGUGGACUGGAGGCGAUCAGUCGGUCCAGGGAUCCAAAGCUCCCGGCGGUCAGCCCCCGAUGGGUCAGUUCGUCCAGCCGCCCCCGUCGAGUGGUUUAAGAUCUCCACGCCCGCCGCAAAUCUCGGGCAACCAGAAUAUUCAGAACACUACUUUGACGACCAAUGACAAGCCGCCAGACCUUCCUCUCUUGUCCCCGUACAAUCCAAGUGGUGGCAAUUGGGCGUCAAUGGUCAACACGCCGCUCGUUGCAAAUUUCAACGCCAAUACCAGCGGUACACAGGCCGACAUGGUCGCAAAUGCCACCGCGAUGAAGCUAGCAGCUUUGUCGACAGUCAAUAACCGCUUCGCUCUUGAUGACGUUCGCAAGUAUCGCCGUGCCCGAUCCAACGAUGCCCCGGGUGCUCCGGGCCAGCAAGGUCUGCCUCACAACGCGCAUAUUCCCAAUUCCAACGUGGUCAUGAUCAACGAGCAUGGCCAGGUUCUCAGUCGCGAGCAAAUGAUUGCUCUGCAGGCACAAAAUAUGGGCUUCGGUCAACACCGGUCUCGACCCAGCUCGCCGGGAAUUGCCAUGCAACCCGGUGGCUUUGGGCCCAUGGCAUUCGCCUCUCCGCAAAACAAUGGCUUCCUCAGCGCCUAUGAUGGCGCCUCUCCUCUUCUCAAUAAUGGCAUUCCCUCAGUCAAUGUGGGCCAGCUGGGUGUAGGCAAUCACGAAGGAUACCUUUCAGACCACUCCGAUAUGGUCCGUGGCCGGUCUCCUCGGGGCCGUAGAGGCAGCUCAAAGCCGCCUGAAGACCCAACAGAUCCGACACUGCUUCAGGACAUCCCUAGCUGGCUGAGGAGCCUGCGGUUGCACAAGUACACGGAAAAUCUCAAGGAUAUGAAGUGGCAUGAGUUGAUUGAGCUCGACGACAAGGCUUUGGAGGACCGCGGAGUCAACGCUCUCGGAGCUCGGCGGAAGAUGCUCAAGGUCUUUGAGCAAGUCAAAGAGGCCAAAAACGAUGGCAAAAUUGCUUGA